GGCCAACAGAUAGCAGGCGCAGCGGGGCAGCACGAGUUUCCUGUCGCUGGCUGCACGCGACUCAGUUGAAAAUUUGCAUCCUUUGCGAGCGGACGUGACUCGCAGCGGGCGCCAGGACCAGAACGGAUGUCAAAUUGUCGCGGUCUCGAAACUCGUUCGUGGCAAGUCGUGCGAGCCGCCAAUGUCUGGCCAAGCGCUUGUGUUUAGAUGCGAGCUGAGGCGGCCAAGUGGGCCCCAAAUAGGUGCAAGGCUUUGUUUCGAGAAAUAGAAUAAAAAUUGCAACUGUAACUGGCACAAGGUAAAGCAAUAGGAAAAGCAAUGAAAGCGCGUGGCAACAAAAUCAAAGAACGACGCAAGAGACAUAAGUAAAAAAAAUAAAUAAAUAAACAAAAAAUAAAUACAUAUAUACAUCUAUAUAUAUAAAGCAAGUUGCAAUCCACUGAAAAGCAACGGAAGGAAGGCAACGAGAGCGUUUCCCGACUCCAGCGAAUUAAUUCAAUAAACCUAUUUAUCUGGGACGGGCGGCUGCAGGGCGGCAGCGGCGUCUGGGGAUAGACGCGCACAUUUCGCAUAAAAUGCGAACAACUUUGACAGCCAACGGGGCGCACUGCAAUCAGAAUCAGAGGCCAGCGCCGUGCCGAACACUUGGAGACAAUGCUCCGCCGCCAAUGGUUCCGCAAACGAGUCCCCAAUGGCGGCAUUCGCCUGGCAGUGAGCGCACAAAAGCAGCUCUAAGUGUCAUUGCUGCAAGCAACUGUGCCAGUGCCAGAACGGCCAGGGCGAGCGGACGGACGCACAGGACCAGCGCAAGGAAGCCACCAACGGCAAAGAUGACAGUCUCCGACUCGGACGAAUGUGCCGGACAACGGCGCCAAUUUGUACGCACGGCCAAGACGUUGAGUUGGCAACGCAUCUGGCUGACAGCUUGGCUCCCUCUGCUCCUGACUGCCCUCGACUCGGGGACACACUUUGUCACCUGCAGCUCAGCCUACGAGCAGCGGAGGAUUGGCACAGUGCCGCAGCUAACGGCAUACCCGAGAUCCACUUUACCAGAUAGCCCAAUGACAACACAAAACGAUCUAAUUACGACAGACCCAAACUCAACAGCAUUACUGACAGCACAGAAACCAACAACAACAGCAACAACAACGGCAACAACAACAACAGCAAGUACAACUGGCUACUGGAGCACGACCCUGGGAAUGUCAUCAGCAGCUCCAACGAUAACAAGGAAUGCCACUGGGAGGUUGGCAAGAGGAGCUGUAGAUGUAGCUGCUAAGUCCGCACAAAUUGGCCUAACUACGCAGCCCGCAACAGCGGCCGAAAUACAAACAACAACCGAUUCGACAACAGCAACAGCAACAAGAACAACAACAACAACGACGAUGACAACGACAAUGUCGACGGCGAUGGCGCUGUUCAUAUCAACAAUUUAUCCGACAUCAACAACAGAGCGCGCAAUGGCUGCGCCGCCAGCCCUGACAGAAGCGGAAGCCAGCAACUCCAUUGAAACAGCAACGUCACGGCCACCGGAGCAGGAGGCUGAGGCGGAGGCGGAGGCGGAGGUGGAGGAAAAUGCGGUGUUGCAGCAUCCUCAUCCGGCCAACGCUGAUUCACUGACUAAAGGUUUCUCCAUACCCACAUUUUUGCCGCCGUUUCCCGUGUUCGCGGCCGCAGAUUUGCCAGCUUACCGCGCUGCUGCCGCUGCYGCUGCUGCAGCUGAAGCAGAAGCCGCCGCAGCGGCCGCAGCAGCGACAUCCACUCCUGCAGCAGAGACUGUGACACUGUCACCGGCGCAGCAGCGGCAACAAAUGUUUAAUGAGCAGCACUCGUAUCUGGCCUCCCACAACGGGCAACUGCUGCCGGGCCAGCAGCCGCGCCGAAAUCUGACAAUGCCCGUGCUAAACAUCACGGCUCAAAUGGGAAAUCACGCCUACAUGCCAUGUCAGAUCCAUCGCCUAUCCGAGAAGCCCGUCUCAUGGGUGCGCCUAGUGGAUGGUCACAUAAUCAGCGUGGACGAGACCACGUUCAUAGCGGACGAGCGCUUCCAGUCGAUAUAUCAGGAGGACAACGACUACACCUGGUCGCUGCAGAUCAAGUACGUCUCUCCCAGCGAUGCCGGCUGGUACGAGUGUCAAAUGGCCACCGAGCCCAAGCUGAGCGCCAAGGUCUACCUGGAAGUGAUCACGCCGAAGACCGAGCUAAUUGGCGACCAGAGCCGCUUCGUCAAGGCGGGCAGCAAGGUGGCCCUGCACUGCAUCGUGCGCGGCACUCUGGAUCCGCCCAAGUACAUCAUCUGGUUCCGUGGACAGAAGAAGAUCAGCGAGAGCGACGAGCGCACCGGCUGGUACACCCAGAUUGAUCGUAACAUAUUCGGCACGGUCGGCGAUAAUCAGAAUACGAUCGGCUCAUUAAUUAUACCGUUUGUGCGCAAAGAGGACUCCGGCAACUAUACGUGCCAGCCAUCGAACAGCGAGUCCGUCUCCGUUGACCUGCACGUGCUCAGCGGUGAAUACUCGGCUUCGGCUAUCAUGUCCGGCGCUGCUGAGCGUAAACAGCGCAGCACGUUUCAAUUGCUGUUGGCGUCGCCGCUGCUGCUGGCGCUGCUGGCGGAGGCGCUGGAGGUCCUUGCCGGACUGGGAGCACGUCAGGGGACGUGACUUGUGACGUGACUCGCUUAUUGAACAGCCAGGCCGGACUUCAAUUAUUUGUAAGCUUUUGCACACUGUGCAGUUAUGUAAUUUAGGUUAGAGAUUAAUUAAAGAUGUCACUGUAAAUAGGAACGGCAAGAGGGGGCACAGAGGGUACAGAGGGCAAAGGGGGCAGGAGGGUUGGAGGAGACGGUACAACUUUCUAUAAUUAAGUUAAACGUUAGCUCACACCUGCAGCGCGUUCGGCUAUGCCAAUGCGUAUGUGUGUGUGUGCGCCU